GUUCACGGUGACGGAAGYCGUUGUUUGUGAGUAGUUUAUGGUUUAGUUUCGUCUCAUUUUGAAACUGCCUAUCUGUUGUGUUUGUUUUAGAAUAACUCGCCUUUAUUGAGGCCGUGGCAUGGAUGAAAUACGGCCUAGCAGUGGUGCGCCAGCCCACGGGCUGGUGCCGCUGUUUCCUCCCGGACUGCAAGCUAUUUAUGGGGAAUGUCGGCGACUUUACCCCGAUCAGGCCAACCCGCUGCAAGUUACUGCAAUAGUUAAAUAUUGGCUUGGUGGUCCAGACCCACUAGAUUACAUCAGCAUGUACAGGAAUGUGGGCUGUCCAGCUCUGGACGUCCAGGAACAUUGGCACUAUGUAAGCUUUGGACUAAGUGACCUGUAUGGAGAUAAUCGUGUUCAUGAAUUUUCAGGAGCAGAUGGAUCCAGUGGAUUUGGGUUUGAGCUGACUUUCAGACUCAAGCGAGAGGUCGGAGAGACGGCACCUCCAACAUGGCCAGCUGAACUCAUGCAAGGCUUGGCACGCUACGUGUUCCAGUCAGAAAACACAUUCUGCAGUGGCGACCACGUGUCAUGGCACAGUCCGCUCGACAACAGCGAGUCUCGUAUCCAGCACAUGUUGCUUACAGAAGACCCCCAGAUGCAACCAAUUCAGACUCCAUUUGGCACAGUGAGCUUUCUCCAGAUUGUGGGAGUUUGUGCCGAGGAGCUGCAGGCGGCCCAACAGUGGAACGGCCAGGGCAUCUUGGAGCUGAUGCGGGGAAUCAAAAUAGCUGGUGGCCCUUGGCUGAUCACAGACAUGAGGAGAGGAGAAACUAUUUUUGAAAUCGACCCACACCUACAACAGGACAGAGUGGAUCAGGGUAUUGAAACCGAGGGCUCUAAUCUGAGCGGGGUCAGCGCCAAAUGCGUGUGGGACGAUCUGAGUCGCCCUCCGGACGAUGAGGAGGACAGCCGAUCGAUCUGCAUCGGAUCACAGCCACGCAGACUCUCAAACAAAGACACGGAGCAGAUCCGAGAGACCUUGAGAAAAGGACUAGAGUUUAACAGCAAGACAGCACUACCACCUAUCAGCAGCCAGAAACAGAGCCAUGAGAGAGCUCCGAGUCGCAAGGACAGUUUGGAAAGUGAAAGUUCAGCAGCCAUUGUUCCCCAUGAGUUGGUCCGAACACGACAGCUGGAGAGCGUUCACCUGAAGUUCAACCAAGAGUCGGGCACACUGCUGCCCCUGUGCCUGCGGGGCAGGUUACUCCACGGAAGACAUUUUACUUAUAAAAGUAUCAACGGCGACACUGCCAUCACGUUUGUGUCUACAGGAGUAGAAGGUGCUUUUGCUACAGAGGAGCAUCCUUAUGCAGCCCACGGCCCCUGGCUUCAGAUAUUGCUGACCGAGGAGUUUGUGGAGCAAAUGUUAGGGGAUUUACAGGAGCUCAACACUCAUGAUGAGACAAAAUUGCCCAAGGAGUACAGCUGGCCGGAGAAGAAGCUGAAGAUUUCUAUCCUACCAGACUGUGCGUUUGAUAAUCUGCUGCAGUGAGACAGAGACUUUUGGAGGAAAAUGCCAAUAAAAACCUCUUCAGACAUCCUGUCAGAGUUCAACAUCACGAACAGCCGAACUUCCAGUUCUCGCAGAGAAACUCCACUGUAGCCACGUUGUUCCCCCACUUUAGAUCUCCAGAGACUGCAUCACUCCUGAAACCGAUCCUGGGAACCAACAAAAACAUUCGACUGUUACUGCGUCCUCAGUCCAACCCCGCUGUUUACAACGUCUCUUUGAAGUUUGAAUACUUUCGAGAUGAUCAAAUCUGCUUCAAACCAGCCUGUUCAGGUGAUUUACCUGAGAGGGCAGGGCAAACCGUUUGCUUUUAGUCUUUCAGUUAACCCAAAAUGUGCUUCCCUGGUCAUCAGACUAAGGUCUGAAACUGGGUGGCGGUUCUCAAAACAAGUGCUAUUUAUUCUAGUGGCCUUACCAACAAUGGACUAAAAGUCACACGGCAAGUUACGCUUUUGUGUAUAUUUACAAAUGCUGGACAUUUUUUCUCUUAUGUGUUUGUGUUCACACCAAAGUUUUACCUGUUUCUAUCAAGCAUUUCAAGAAUCUGUAUUUAACCUGCUACAACCYAUGAAUAAGUAUUAUUCAGACACUCUUAAUGUAUCAAAUGCUGCUGGUGUAGCCACCUCCACGUCACAUCAACUUGACUCCAUAGUUUUCUUUUAAAAAAUUAAAUUGUACAAUAUAUUUCAUGGUGAUUGUAAGUGUAAAAAAAACUUGGUUUUGCCACGUCGGCAUAUUUAAAAAUGUCUUUUUUUUUAAAUCCAGUGGGAUCUGCUUGAAAUGUCCUCAGUGCCUUUAGCUACAAAGCGCUACAUAUUUCCGUUGACACUUGGCUUCAUAUCUCAUUGAAKCACUGCUUUUAGCUGAAACCAUCAAAACAUUUCCUCGUUAGCUCUAAAAUGUUAACUUUUUUUUAUUUUCUUCUCUUAGAACACUACUUCAAAAUAACGUUUCAUGACCUUUUUAUACGUGUUUAUUUUUCAGAAUGAAAUUUAGACGUUGAAUUUUUAUUUUUUACGACUAAACUGGCUGAUUGUAUUCCAAAGUGCAUUAAAAGGUGAAGCUAAUACACAAAAUAAAUCUURGUCACUAAUUCAAAA